AUGCCGUACACGGUGGUGGACUUGUCGCCAAGCGUGGAGACCCCGCGAGAAGAAAUCAACAAUGCAGACGGUGCGCUGACCAAGGCGCGCAACAACCUGGACGCGUUUGUGCCGUUGUUGAUCCUCGAUCCGUCCAAUGCUGUCGACGUGUCUCUGUCAGACGGCGCGCUUGGCGUGCAGCACGCCAUCGCUCAACGCACACCACUCCAGCCACGCCACAUUGACGAGUUCAAGCGGCUGCAUGAAGCCAUGGGCGCACUCGCUAUUGUGCGCAUCCCCACGGAGGAGACCUCACGCAUCAUGCCAAAUGUGGCGGACGCGGAACUUGACUUCAACCCCAUGGUGAUUGAUCCAAACGAGGAAGACACCGAGAACCAGAUGCGUCGCCUCUGCAAGUUCUUCGAGGACAUCAUCGACAUGGAGGACGGCCUGCAACAAGGCGUCGACAUGUGCGGGUCCUGGAUGACACACUUUCUUCACCCCAUUGCACAAGCGCUCACACAGACUCAGACUGACAUGGACAAGCUCUUGCGCACGGCCAGGCAACACAUCGACUCAGAAGCUAACGAGGAGCUGGUGGAGAAAAUGGAAGCGCUGCUUGCGGAUUCUGCGACGAUGACGGAGCACGCCCGCACACUGAGGACCGAGGUGGACGCGAGGACAGACACGCUGCGCAAGCUGCAGGAGGAAGUGGCACAGGACAUUGCACACGACCGGGAGCACCUGGCCGCGAUCCGAGCAGCCAUUCAGGACGGCACGUUUGACCGCGACACGCUCGUUGCCCUCAACGAGGACGAAAGCCGGCUGGAGCUGGUGCAACAGUGUCUGAUUGCCAUCCAGAAUGCAUUCACGGAGCUGCAGGAAGCGACAGGCGACGCCAUCAGGGGCCUGGCUGCGUGGCUGCGAAGUGCCAAUGACACUGUCGACGACCACCGCCAAGCAAUUGCCACGGCAAUGCAAGACGUGGAUGGCGCGCCACUGAACAUUGUUGAUCAUCACAUGGCUCCCGGCUGCCAAACGGCUGUGUCCGUGGACGAUGAUGACGAUGACGAGGAGAACGAGGAGAACGAGGAGGAGGAGAAGGAGGAGGAGGAGGAGAAGCAACAGGGAGGGUCAAAGGAGGAAGACGAGGAGGAGGAGGAGGAGGCAGCAGACGAAAAAGAGAACCGCGAUGAUGAGGACGAGGACGACGACGCAGUACCCACAGCUCACGUGCAAGAUGCACCGGACGGCGAGGAGGAGAAUGACACAGCCGCCGUCACAGACGCUACGGCCGCCACCAACGAGGACGCGCAGCUCAGUGAUGAUCUCAUUGAUGAAGAGUUUGUGCAAGUGACGGUUGAUGAGCUGAGCAUGUCUGAGGCACAGGCGCUGUUCCCGUCCCCGCCAAGCUCGCCCGUCGCCAGCGUGCAUGUGCAAACGAGCACGGCGACCGCCUCGGACGUGCACGUGCAGACGGAACCGCAGGCGUCGCUAUCAACCACGCCGCUCGUCGAUGACAGCAUUGUGGAGCACGGGCACGCGGGCAACGACGACUCCAUGAUGCAAUCGUCCUUCAUGGUGACAUCCAUGUCUCAGUCUGUCAACCCAGACAAGGCGCGGCAGACGACGCUGGCACUCAUGCGCAGGAACGCCCGGCUCACGGAAAAGCUUCAAGACCUCAAAGCGCGACUCAAGUCCGUGCAGGCGCACGAGAAGGUGCUGAUGAAGGACCUGAGCGUCGAGCGCGACAGGCGGGCACGCCGCGAAUCAAGGCCGCCAGCAGCAGCAGCGACGGUUGCGCAGCAGCGGGUCAGCACUGGAGACGGCCCGGCGGUCGAUGCACGCGCCAAACGCGCUGAGGAGAUCAAGUUGGCGAGCCAGAAGAUUGUGGAGGAACUGCGCACGAAGGUGCAGAGCACGGAGCAGGAGAACACAGAGCUCACGGCGCAGGUGCAGACCUUGCAGCAGGAGGUGGCCACGCUGCGCGCCGAGCUUGCACACGAGCAAGACUUGCGCAACGAGCACGCAAGCAGGCAGCAGGCGGCGGCCGACGACGGGGAGGAGAUGAUGGCCGCGCUUCGUGCACAGCUGGAAGACACAAAGAAAGCGCUUGCGCGCCGCAACGCAGAGGCAUCACAGCUGCAGGCGCAGGUGGACUCGCUCACCAGCCAGCUCACCUCGUGCCAGGAGUGCCUUGAUGCACAGCGCGACCGCGCCAACACACAGGAAGACGACGCACGCGCGCGUGAGCAGCAGCUGCAUGCCGAAGUGGCACGCCUACGCGAGGACCUGACGCAUGCGCGCAGCCUGUCUGAGAAUGUGGAGCAGCUUCGUGAGCAGCGCGACACGGCACAGAGGCGGCUGCAGGACAUGGAGCGGCGGCUCACGCAGCGGUCAGAUGCCUUGCACGCCAUGCAGAUGGAGCUGGACAGGAAGGACAAGGGCAUUUCGUCACUGCAGGACCUGCUCAGGAAGGCGGAGGUGGACGCGCAGUCCGCCUCGUCCUCGCAAGAGGCGAUUGCGUCGUUGACACAUGAGCUGAACAGCGCGCACGAUCAGAUUGCGCUUCUCCAGCAGCAGCUAUCGGACCAACAGACAAAGGCGGCCAAGCGGCAGCAGCAGCAGCAGCAGCAGCAGCAGCAGCAACAGCAGCAGCAGGGCCAGGGGGACACCGUUGUCCUCACGCGGUCGGAGCACCGCAGGCUCUUGCAGGCAGAAGACAGCAUGCAACUGAUGUUGGAGACGGCCGGGGAGGGCCAGAAGCGUGUGACAGAGCUUCGAGACGCAAACGCGCAGCUGAGCUCGCAGUUGAUGGCGGCAACAGAGGAGCGGGAGGCGAUUCGCUCCCAACUCCGCCAGCGCGAGGAUACCAUCAGCACCCUCCACCAACAGAUCACGGUGCUCGAGCAGCACAUGCAGAAACAAGGCGGACAAAUGCAAUCCCUCCCACCAGGUGCGCUCCGGCUGGUGACCCGCGGCGACUUUGAAGUUGGCGAUGUGAUUCUGAUUGAGCGCGGGAUGGAUGGCGCGUGGGUGCGGCAGGACGACUCGGCCACUGUUGUUAUGGACGAGUAUGUGACCAGCCUCCACCUCAACGACGCAGAUGUGCCGAGCCCGCUUCCCGUGCAAGUGCUGAUGGUGCACGACUUUGGACACACACAGGGCGUGGAGGUCACGCGCUGCCUCAACGACAUGUGA